AUGUCACUUCCUUUGAUUGCUAUUGCUGGAGGGUCUUCGCAACUUGGAGCAGCCAUUCUUACAGCUCUGCUUGAGACUGGUACAUUUAGACCUGUUGUUCUCUCUCGUGAAUCAUCUAAAACACCGGCUUGGCUUGAAGCACUUCCAGUGGAAGUCAGACGCGUUAACUACCUUUCUUACGAAUCCUGCACUACGGCGUUGGCAGGUGUUCAUACAGUGAUUUCCACCCUUCUCUGUAAAGACGGUACCUGGUUUGUAAGCCAGAAAAAUUUGCUAGAUGCUGGGCUCAAAGUUGGCAUCAAGAGAUUUGUCGCUUCAGAAUUUGGCCUUGGGCCUCUGGGUACUGCCGAAGUAGAUCUUUUUGCACUCGAACAGUUGCCAAUCCGGUUGGCUUUGAAGGCUGCUGCGAGGGAGCAUCCGGAUUUUGAAUGGACCGCCUUUUAUAAUGGCGCAUUCAUGAACUAUUUGGGAUACGGAUGUGAGAAUGCAGAAGCAGUCGGGAUGGAUCACAGCUUCUUGUUUAAUGUGAAAGCCAUGACAGCUGAUAUUCCUGUUAAGGAAGACGGCUCUUUUCCUGACCUCACCAUGACGACUAUAGCGGACGUCGGCCACUUCGUUGCGGCAGCGUGUGCGCUUCCGCAAGGAACAUGGCCAGAGGAUAGUUAUCUUGCUGGUGAGACUCUUAGUAUUGGCAAAGUUAUUGAUAUUAUUGAGAGUGUUUGCGGUCGCAAAGUUAUUGUGAGAAAAUACACCAAGAAAGCUCUUUUGGAAGAGAUUGCACAGAUCCCGGCGGACAGCGUUCGUGAAGAGGACAUCAUGGGUCGAUUCUUCUUGCAGCUUACCCUAGCGUUUGCAGAAGGAGAGCAAGGCAAGAGCGUAAUGGCUCCAGAUUUGAAUCAUCGCUUUCCCGAAAUCAAGACAACUAGUGUCGAAGAGUACGUGAGGAAGUACUGGGGUGUGUAA